AUGGAUCACGCGAAGUGCGUGCGGAAGGCGGUGCGGAAGGCGAUCGUGAACGCGGAGUACGAAGCGAUUUUGGAGCGCUUGCAAUUUGAGCUCGUGACGUGGCAGGAUUACGUGAAGGCGCGAGGGGAAAAGGUUGUUAUUUUGUUCGAAGGUAGGGACGCCGCGGGGAAGGGUGGGUGCAUCUCUCGAAUCACCGACGUCCUGAGCGCGCGUCAGUGUAAGGUGGUCGCUCUGAGCGCGCCGACGGAGGAGGAGAAGACGCAGUGGUACUUUCAAAAGUACGUCAAACAUCUCCCGAGCGCGGGGCACAUCGUGUUGUUCGAUCGGUCGUGGUACAAUCGAUCGGGCGUGGAACGCGUGAUGGGAUUCGCGACGGCAGAACAGGUCGAGCAGUUCGAGAAGGAGGUGAAUACGUUCGAAAAAAUGCUCGUCGAUAGCGGCAUCACGCUCAUUAAACUCUGGUUCGACGUGAGCGACGAAGAGCAAGAGAGGCGAUUCAAGGACCGACUCGAGCGAAGCGAAAAACGCUGGAAGCUCAGCCCGAUGGACCUGUUCGCGCGGAGUAAAUUUUACGAGUACUCCAAGGCUCGCGACUUGAUGUUCGAGAACACGAGCGAAACCGUGCCGUGGUCCAUCAUCCCCGCCGACGACAAGCGCGUCGCCCGUCUGAACGCCAUUCAGCACAUCCUGGGCUCGGUGGAUUAUCACAUCGUUGCUUCCGAGGAGCUCAAACUGCCGAAGAUUCAAGAGAAGCCCAAUGAUUACCACGAUCGAGAUCUUCGCGAGCUCGACCCGAAGAAGGCUCGCGUCGUCCCACAGGUGUACACCGUCGAGAGUCUUUCCGUCCGGGACAUCGACGGGAAGACGUGGGAAGAAAUCGCCAAGGACGCCGACAAACGCGUCAAGAAGACGCUCAGCGUCGACGACGACGCCGACGCGCGCUAG